GUGGAGAAACUGAGGACAGAGGCGGACAUUUCGAAGCUCUCUCUCGAUCUUUCAUUGCACCAACUGCUUACUUAGCUAACCAACCCUCUCUCUAAUUCAUUUCCCUCUUCAUUCCACUUCGCUCUUUUUUUCCUCUUCCAAUGGAGUCCUCCGCUGCUCUCCGAUCCUUUCACUAUUCUGUAGGUGCUGUUUCACAAGCUCAUUGCAGAAUUGAAAGGUCCAGUACCUUCCAUGUGUCUUCCAUUUUCUGGCCAAAUUCAAGAAAAUCAUGUGUCCCAUGCUUGACUUUUGGCGGGAAUAACAAUUCUUCUACAAGACGAAUUGUAACUUUAACGUCAUCAGCUAAGACAUCUGAAACUACGGUCACGGACAAGUCAAAUGAUAGCACCUCCCAAGGCUCAUCGGAGAAUAAAUCUUCACAGAAUGCAACUUUGCCAAAUGGAUUUGAGGCAUUGGUACUGGAGGUAUGCGAUGAGACUGAGAUUGCAGAGCUGAAAAUGAAGAUUGGAGACUUUGAAAUGCAUCUGAAGCGGAAUGUUGGGGCCACAAAAGCUCCCAUGUCCAACAUUUCACCUACAACAGCUCCACCAAUUCCAACUGAACCAAUGAAUGAAGCAGGUGCUACUGCCCUGGCCCCAUCAGCACCGAAACCCUCCCCUGAGAAGCCCACCCCAUUCAAAAAUGUUGCCUUUGGGAAGUCAUCCAAGUUAGCUGCUUUGGAAGCUUCUGGAUCUAGCAACUAUGUUCUAGUACCUUCUCCCAUUGUCGGUACAUUCCGAAGAGGUAGAACAGUUAAAGGAAAAAGGCAACCUCACAUCUGCAAGGAGGGUGAUUUGGUCAAAGAAGGACAACUGAUAGGAUUCUUGGAUCAAUUUGGUACUGAACUUCCUGUUAAGUCAGAUAUAGAUGGAGAGGUCUUAAAGAUCCUUUUCGAUGAUGGAGAUGCUGUUGGGUAUGGAGAUCCACUCAUUGCUGUCUUGCCAUCAUUUCAUGGCAUCAACUGAUCUCUCUCUCCUACCUAUGCUAUUUUUGAGGAGAUAAUGUCACAGAGUCCUUCGGUAUGCAUUUUGUUUUCUCACCUUAUUUUGUAUUUCCAUCUUUUGAUCGAGUAUCCUGGGCAUAAUCACUAAAUGCAUAUGUAGCUGGUGAUUUAUUAUCGAUGUUACUAGUCUGUUGAAUUCCCAGGAUAUCAUACAAUAAUUGUGUAAGCGAACCAUAGAUUGAGAGCUUUAUCAAGUGUAUCA